AUGGUCAAUAAAAAGUGUAGUGCAGCUACUGAACAAGAGUCAGCGAAGGAUGAGACGGGUGGUGGCGAACCGGACUGUUCCAAGGAGAAGGAAGUAGCCGAGACCCCUCCAAAACAUAAGACUACUCAUUUCGUAAAUGACAUAGGAAAAAUUAUAAAUGCUACUCUAAGCCACGAGGAGUUGACACAAGCACUUGAAAAACUUGAUGUUGGACACAAAUACUAUCUGUUGACUAGCCAUUUCAGGCCAUCUGAAGAUUACAUUUUCCCUUCGCGGUUUCUUCACCACUGUCAGCGCCAGUUCAAGAUGAUAUACUUGCGGAAUUAUAAAUGGAUGGUCUAUAGUCCUUCACUGGAUGCUGCCUUCUGCAUUCAUUGUGCACUGAUGGUCCCCACAAGUGAAAAAAGACGGGUGGGAGCAUUUGUUAAUACACCCUUUACCAUGUUCUACAAACUAAACGAGAAGGCGAAGGUACAUGAACGAACUGGUUAUCAUGUGAAUGCAAUGCUUGCAUCAGCAGCAUUGCGCGACUCUGUUGUAAACCCACAGCAUAAGAUAGACAUUCGUUUUGACGAUGAAAAAAAGAAAAACAUUGAAAGAAAUCGAUAUAUCUUGAGGACAGUUGCUGAAGCUAUCGUAUUCUGUGGAAGACAGUGUAUUGCUAUUAGAGGAAAUAAUGAAAGAGUCUUAGAAAAUGACACUGCUGCGACUGACCUCACACAGUGCCGUGGUAAUCCAGGGAAUUUUCUGGCAGCCCUACAGAUGAUUGCCAAUCAUGACGAUGUUCUUGGACAUCACCUUGCUGGUAUUGGUCUUGCAAAUAAGAAUUCUAAAUAUACUUCACCUAGAAUUCAGAACGAUAUAAUCACAAUCAUUGGCUAUGAUGUAAUCCGUAGUGAUUUGAUUGAGGAACUCAAAGCUACUCGAUGGUUUAGCAUACUUGCUGACGAGGUAACUAGCAGCAACAAAGAAGAGCUGGCCCUAUGUUUCUGUUUUGUUGACACAAAUAACAAUAUUAGGGAGGAAUUUCUGUCAUUCCUUGAUUUGUCAAGGAUUACCGCUGCAGUCAUCGCCGGUACCAUUUUGGACUUUCUAAAGAUGACAGGACUUGAUGCUACUAACAUUCGUGGACAAGGCUAUGAUGGGGCUGCAAACAUGUCUAGUGAUAAUGUUGGUGUUCAGCGACUGAUAAAAGAACAUUCACCAAAAGCUGUAUACGUUCAUUGUAGUGGACAUUGCCUAAACUUGGUAAUAGCACAUUCAUGCUCCCUGCCCUGUAUAAGAAAUACAAUUGAUAAGCUAAAGACAUGCUGUUGGUUCUUCCUGGCAAGCCCAAAGCGAGAAGGUCUUCUGCAGUCGAUAAUUAGAAAGGCUUUGCCAGAGGAAACAAAACAUCGGAAGGGACUUCUUGACUUGUGCAAAACACGAUGGGCUGCCAGACACCAGGCGUAUACUCAUUUCUAUCAGGCAUACAUAUACAUCAUUACAGCGUUGGAGAAUAUUGUACAUGGUGCCAAUGUAGAUGCAUGUGGCCUAGAUUUUAGGGAAGCCAAGUGGGAUCCAAAGUGUUGCAGUGAUGCAGCAUCUCUGUUGGCGAGUCUCACUUCAUUCGAUUUCAUUGUGACGUUUCUUACGAUCUAUCACUUCUUGUCACACCUCAGUGGCAUAACAGUUAAAUUGCAAGGGCGGUCUGUUGAUGUCAUCAAGGCCUACCAUGAGAUCUCAACCGUAAAAGCAGUCUACAAAGCGAUAUAUGAUGACGUAGAGGUCGAGUUUUCAAGAUCGUAUAAGCAAGCUGUUAUAAUGGCUAGUGCUGUCAGCACCAUGCCAUCAAUGCCACGCACUGUUGGUCGACAGACUAUGCGUAGUAACGUGCCUGCAGCUACACCUGAAGAGCAUUAUCGGCGAAAUGUUGCAAUUCCAUUCCUUAGCCACAUCCAAUCUGAGCUUGACUCAGUUCUCCGAUUUAUCGGUGCUUUCAUCAAAGCUACUGAGAUUAGUCCCAUCAGUGCUCUGUGA